AUGAAAGUGGUGGAAAACUUCGGCUCGACUCGGCCUGAGUUCGAUUCGGACCUCGGGUCAGGUCGGGUUCGAGCAGAGAAUCUAAACUCUACUCUAGAUCCACCAAGGAUAAAGGAAGAAUCAGCCUGUUCCAAAAAUCAGUGUGUUUGUGUGGUGGAUUCCAGACCCCCCAGUGUUAUAAAGUGGCUCAGUUCAGAUGGAAAGUCAGUUAUAAGUACCAUUACUGCCAAAGAAUACAAAGUGGAAUAUGAGCUGAAUAUACUUUAUGUUAACGUUGGAGUGCUGUAUUGUGAAGCCAUCAACCGCCACGGGAAAUCAACUGUGAGCUUCAGUCUAGGCUCUUCUUUAGGUUUUCUCUACAUUGUGAUCAGUGGCUUCGCUGUACUCAUCAUCAUCCUUCUGGCAGCCAUUUUCUACAUGUGGAGAUUCAGAAUACAAAAAGAAAAAAAGAAUACUUUGUAUAUGAUGACCAACCCACUGUAUAAAACCACAGAACAAAGACAAGAUUCUAUAGUACAAGACGCUCCUAGGAGGCCGGCACCAGCUGUCCCAGAGAUGUGCACAGACAAGGAAGACAUGGAAGAUGACGACUAUAUUAUUCCUGUCUCAUCACUCGAGAGCCCAGCACAAGUCAAAGUUCCAGCAAAGUAUGCAGAUGAAGAUUACGUUAUAGCACAGGAGGUUCCGCAAGUGAAAGAAAAGGAUGACGGGAUCUACAACAAUGUCGAUUGCAAUAUAUAUGCAAAUAACUGA